UCAGUUCAUUUUGUUCAUUCGUUGGAAAAGGUUGUCAACUCGGUUAAACGCUGCGGUUGGAUGCAGGUCUUUCUGCAUUUGAAGUGUGUAUGUGUUGUGUGUGUGUUGGUUUCUCCAGGAAAAAGCAAAAAAUAACAUAAAUUUCUAUAAGAUUUUUGGAAAAAAGUGAUUAAUUUAUGAAAUUGAUUAAUUAAAAAGCAAAGAAAGAAAAAUUAAAAGAGAAUUUCAACAUUGUAAUAGAAUAUAUAGUGGAUAUAAUUUCCAUAGAGAAAUAUAAAUAAAUGGUGUGUAUACAAAAUUUUUUUCUUAAUGGCUACAUUGAUCGUUUUGACAACAGCCUCCACACAUUGCCAAAUGAUUUCAAUAGAAGGAAAAAUUAAAAUUUAAUUAUUCGCGCUAGGUGUGCAGCAAGCAUCUCCUCUCACACUCAUCUCAAAUCGAAUAAGAAACAAAAUAAAAAAACUAAACAUUCCUUCAACGAAUAAAAAAUUAUAAUAAAACAAAAGCAAACUGAAAAAAAGACAAGAAAAAAACCAUAGUUUCACAUAAAACAUAAAAUUUUUACAAAAAUGACAUUGAAAACUUUAGAUGUUUAUCAUCAGCAUUCAAGAUUAAGUCAAAUCAAGUCAUCAUCAUGGAAGACAAUGAGCUUUAGUUUAUUACUGCUGCUAGUAGUAGUUUGCAGUUUGUGCAAAACAAGUUGUGCAUUUGACAUGAAUACCAAAUUAAAUUUAAAGCCUACAAAAUAUACGGAUUGGUCAAAGAAUGUAACAUAUAAAAGUACCACAGAUUACAAUGCACGUGGCAUGAAACCUUUAUAUGAAAUCACUCAAAAAGUAAUGUGGCUUUUGAUUGGUGGCGAAACUCCAAUACCAGAUGGCUAUUUAACAUUUAAAGAUUCUACAGUACAGUUGGGACCCAAAGUAGAGCGCAAUGAAUGGGGUGAUUUGAUUCUACAUUAUUGGCCUAUUUUAUUGAUUGUUUUGAUAGUAGGAGUCCUAGUGGCUUCUAUGCCUAUAAUAGGCUUAUGUUUCUGUUGCUGCCGUUGUGCUGGUGCAUGUGGUGGUCGUUCUGAGCCAUUUGAUAAAAAACAUGAUACCUGCCGCCGUGUUUUUCUAGGUUUCUUUUUAAUACUUUUAGCCACAGGAAUAUUGUUUGGUGUUAUUGUGGCAUUUGCCACUAAUAGUUAUAUGCAAUAUGGUAUAGAUGACAGCACUGCUGUGGUACGUGCCGGUAGCAAUGAUACUCAAACAUUCUUAGAAGUAACCUCAGAACAAUUGGAAUAUGUUUUAGUUAAUAAUUACAAACAGUUAUCCGAUCAAUUGGAACUGAUUUUAAGAGAAACUUCUGACUUCAUUAUUACUCAGUUAGAACAAAAGUCUAUGGCUGUUUCGGUGGGUUAUCUUACUGAUUUUCUUAAAAAACUGCCAGACUUGCAGAGAAAAUUACAGAAAAUGAAAUUAAUAACAAAUGAUCUAAGGGUCUAUGCUUCUCAAUUAAGUGAUGGUUUACGUGGUGUUAAACGCGAUUUAUUAGUUAUGCUUAACAAAUGUUCAGAUCAGUCUUGUAAGGAAGUUUUGAAUAGAUAUGAAAUUGGAAAAUUAGAUGCUAAUGGUAUCCAUUAUGAUCAGAUGGUAGAUCGUUAUUUUCCUAAGCUGCCUGAUGUCACUUCUAUAAUUGAAAAUUUAGAACAAUUAAUAAGCGAUGAUAUAGCCUCGGCUGGAGAACGUGGUAAUAAAGCUUUGAAAGCCAUGCGUAAACAUUUAAAUGAUACAAUUGCCAUAUAUACCCCACAAAUUGUUGAUGCCAUUACGAAAGCCGGUGAAGGUUUGCUUAAAGCUUCAAAUGAUAUUAAAACAAAUUUGCAAAAGGUUUCAAAAAUUAUUGGUACAAAUACCCAUAAAUAUACCAAUAUUGCUGAUAAUUAUCGUACCGAAUAUGGUCCAUAUCGUUUCUAUGUGGGCAUUGCUGUAUGCUCAGUUUUAUUAUUAGUUUUAGUUUGUUUAGUGGCAGCAUUAUUGUGUGGCAUAUGCGGAAAACGUCCAGAUGGUUAUGGUGAUGAUUGCUGUAAUAAAGGUUCUGGUUCCCGAUUCCUUAUGUUGUAA